AGCGCGCUCUCGGCAGCGUGGCCGCGCUAUGGAGGCGGCGCUCUAGGCCUCACGCUUCGUUUCUCUCCACGUGGGGACUCAGGAUGGCGGCGGAAGCGAGCCAGGACGAGGUGCGUGGGGAUGUGCAGAGGCUGCUGGUCCAGUUCCAGGAUGAGGGCGGGCAGCUGUUGGGCUCCCCCUUCGACGUGCCCGUGGACAUCACCCCGGACAAACUCCAGCUCGUCUGUAAUGCGCUCUUGAAUAAGGAGGAUCCCCUACCCUUGGCCUUUUAUGUCCAUGAUUCAGAGAUCAUCACCUCCCUGGAAAAGACGCUCGAGUCCAAGUCGGUGGAGACUGAGAAAGUCCUCGACAUCAUUUACCAGCCACAAGCCGUGUUCCGGGUCCGAGCCAUCACCCGCUGCACCAGCUCCCUCGAGGGUCACUCUGAGGCUGUCAUCUCUGUGGCCUUCAGCCCCACGGGGAAGUAUCUGGCCAGUGGCUCCGGAGACACCACUGUGCGCUUCUGGGAUCUCACCACAGAAACUCCCCACUUCACAUCCAAGGGUCACAGACAUUGGGUCCUCAGCAUCGCCUGGUCUCCAGAUGGCAAGAAACUGGCCUCAGGCUGCAAGAAUGGCCAAAUUCUCCUGUGGGACCCAAAUACGGGGAAGCAGCUGGGCAGGGCCCUGGCCGGACAUAGCAAGUGGAUCACAGGACUGAGCUGGGAGCCAUUGCACACGAACCCCGAGUGCCGCUACGUGGCCAGUAGCUCCAAGGACGGCAGUGUCCGGGUCUGGGACACGACCAUCGGCCGCUGUGACCGCAUCCUCACCGGACACACCCAGUCGGUCACCUGCAUCCGAUGGGGAGGGGACGGCCUCCUCUACUCAGCCUCCCAAGACCGCACCAUCAAAGUCUGGCGGGCUCAUGAUGGGGUGCUCUGCAGGACACUACAAGGGCACGCUCACUGGGUGAACACCAUGGCCCUCAGCACCGACUACGUCCUUCGAACGGGCGCCUUUGAGCCGGCAGAGGCCUCAGUUAACCCCCAGGACGUUCAGGGCUCCUUGCAGGAGCUGAAAAAGAGGGCGCUGGACCGGUACAACCAAAUUAGGGGUCUAGGGCCAGAGAGGUUGGUCUCGGGUUCCGAUGACUUCACGCUGUUCCUAUGGUCUCCUUCGGAGGACAAGAAGCCCCUGCAGCGCAUGACAGGGCACCAGGCCCUCAUCAAUCAGGUGGUCUUCUCCCCUGACGCUCGCAUCAUCGCCAGCGCCUCCUUCGACAAGUCGGUCAAGUUGUGGGAAGGCAAAACUGGCAAGUAUCUGGCGUCCCUCCGAGGCCAUGUGGCAGCCGUGUACCAGAUCGCCUGGUCCGCAGACAGCCGGCUCCUGGUGAGCGGGAGCAGCGAUAGCACACUCAAGGUGUGGGACGUGAAGACACGGAAGCUGGCUGUGGACCUCCCUGGUCACGCCGAUGAGGUGUUUGCUGUAGACUGGAGUCCGGACGGCCAGCGGGUGGCAAGUGGGGGCAAAGACAAAUGUCUCCGCAUAUGGAGGAGGUGAGGUCCUGGGCCCUUCUCCCACGCUUCUCUCACCCUGGGAAUCCGCGGCUGUGUCCACCUCCGCUGGCCAGAUUAGGGGCUGCGGGCCAGAUGGGCCCUCUCAGUCCAUGGCCUGGGACCAAAAGGUGGUGAAGGCGGGUGAUGCUGAUGGGGACGGGCCCAGCAAGGCCGUGAGUGACAGCGGGCAGCGCCCAUGGCCUCCGAGCUGCUGGAGCCGGGGAGGAGCCAGAUGGGCCUCCGCACCUGGAGCGAAUGGCCACCUCCUACAGAGUCAGAUGUCGCUUUAUGCCAAAUAAAUAAGUUAUUUUUC